GGACUACUAAGUAACAGCAUCCACAAAAGGCAAAAUCAUUUGGAAGAAAGAUGUGGAAGGCUGCAGUGGGACACAAUGUGAAAGUAAGUGAAGCAGAAGGAGAUGACUGGGAAACCGACCCUGACUUUGUGAAUGACAUUACAGAAGAGGAACAGCGUUGGGGAGCCAAAACAGUAGCAGGAUCUGGCCGUCCGCAGCAUGUAGACAUAAAACAACUGAGAGACAAAGUUGCCACGGAGCAUCAAAAUCUGAAAAAGAAGGAGCUUCAGGAUGGUCCUCGUGCAUCAUAUGGAUAUGGUGGAAAGUUUGGAACAGAGAAGGACAGGAUGGAUAAGAGUGCUUUGGGCCAUGAGUACCAUUUAGAGCUCGAUAAACAUUCCUCACAGACAGAUGCAUCAAAAGGCUUUGGGGGAAAAUAUGGGGUACAGAAGGAUCGCACAGACAAGUCAGCUGUCGGGUUUGACUAUAAGGCAAAGGUAGAACAGCAUGCUUCCCAGCAAGAUUAUGCCAAAGGAUUUGGAGGCCGCUAUGGUGUACAGAUGGAUCGUGUUGAUAAGUCAGCAGUUGGAUUUGAAUACAAGACAGAGUUACAAAAACACUCUUCCCAAAAAGAUCAGUCUCAAGGUUUUGGUGGAAAAUAUGGGGUACAGAAAGAUAGACAGGAUAAAUCAGCUCACAGCUGGAGUCACAAAGAAGAAUUACAACCUCAUCAAUCACAGACGGAUUAUACCCAAGGCUUUGGGGGUAAGUUUGGGGUCCAGAAAGACAGGCAAGAUAAAUCUGCUCAUAGCUGGAGUCAUAAAGAAGAAAUACAACCUCACGAAUCACAAACAGAUUAUACCAAAGGAUUUGGAGGGCGUUUUGGAGUACAGACUGACCGUGUUGACAAGUGCGCAUCAGGAUUUGGUGAGAUUGAAACACCCAGCUCUGCUUAUGAGAAGACCCAGCCAUUAGAAGCUAUGACAAGUGGGGCCCAUAAUCUCAGAUCCCGCUUUGAGAACAUGGCUCGAACAGCAGAGGAAGAGAAUAAACAGAAAGCAGAGGAGGAAAGAGUGAGAAGACAGAAGAAAGAGAAGCAAGAGAAAGAGUUGCAGCUUAAAAGAGAAAUUCAUCAGAGCACUGGGAAUGAAGAGACACAACUGCCUUCACAUUCUGUCCCUGUGCCAACACCACGCAUUUCUGCAUUACCACAAAAGCCUUGUGCAAGAGAGAUAGAUUUGGAUCCAUUAUAUGAGGAACCACCCCCUGUGCCUCCCAAACUCCCAGAGUUUGAGAAUGAGAAAGUGCCCAAUCCUCCUGCAACAAACGAGGAGGAUGAAGAAACAUAUGAAGAUGUUGUAAUCCCUGCAAACGACACAGAAGAAGAAUAUGAAGCCAUUCCAGAUCUUCCACCAAGAAAAUUUGAGGAAGAUAAUGAGGAGGAUUAUGAAGCUGUUCCAGAUUUGCCAGAUGAUGAGGCUUUGUAUGAGGAGCUACCAAAAGAAGAGAGUCCUAUAUUAAUUGCAUCAUCUAAACAAGGUGGCUCAGGAAUCUGUGCUGUCGCUUUGUAUGAUUAUGAAGGAGGUGGAGAUGAUGAGAUCUCUUUCCAACCUCAGGAACUGAUCACUGACAUAGAUAUGCUGGAUGAGGGCUGGUGGUGUGGAACCUGUGAAGGGCGUCGGGGGCUCUUCCCUGCCAACUAUGUGGAGCUUCAGCAAGCUGCUCCUUUGUAAAUUUCCAAAGAUAACAUGUAAUUUCUUGGUCUUCCCAACUGUUAAUGUUACAUUUUCAGUUGUCAUAAUUCUCAAUAAACAUGUAUUCAGUGUUAACAAUAA